AAGGAACACAAUGAAGGUUAGACAGCUGGUGAGAAGAAAUACUCAUCUUUUGACUCUUUCCCAGUUUUGUGAAUAAAAUAUUAAAGAGUGGGAGGAGAAGCUCAAUAUUUUGGAUUGUUUUCUGGGGAUAAAUUAAGUCUCUAGCCCUUGGAUGAUCUGCUUUUCCUUUAUUCACCUUGAAGAUCUUUCCUCAAUGGAGAGGACCAAUGAGACAGCAGUGAGUGAAUUUAUCUUUCUUGGCUUUUCAUCACUGGCUGGGUUUCAGCGGCUACUGUUUGUGUUGUUUCUUCUCCUCUACUUGUUCACCCUGGGUACAAAUGCUGUGAUCCUAUCCACCAUCCUGCUGGAGAGAGCCCUCCAUACACCAAUGUAUUUCUUUCUUGGAAUAUUAUCUUGUUUUGAGACCUGUUAUACCUUUGUUAUUGUGCCCAAAAUGCUGGUAGAUCUCCUAGCUCAGAAGAAGACCAUCUCCUUUUGGGGUUGUGUUGUUCAGAUGCUCACCUUCCUCUUUCUUGGCUGUUCUCACUCCUUUCUGCUAGCAGCCAUGGGUUAUGACCGCUAUGUGGCCAUCUGUAACCCACUUCGCUACACAGUGUUGAUGAGCCAUAGGACCUGUCUGGGAUUAGUAGCUUCUGCCUGUGUCUGUGGAUUUACUGUUGCUUUGAUCAUCACUACUUUGGUGUUUCACUUGCCCUUCCAUUCCUCUAACCAACUCCAUCACUUCUUCUGUGAUAUCUCCCCUGUUCUCAAGCUGGCCUCCCACCAUACUAGUCUCAGUCAGAUGAUUAUCUUUUUGCUUAGUGUGUUGGUCCUAGUCAUCCCUCUGCUGUUAAUCCUGAUCUCCUAUAUCUAUAUCAUCGCUGCCAUCCUAAAAAUUCCCUCCACUGUGGGAAGGUACAAAGCCUUCUCUACCUGUGCCUCACAUCUUAUUGUUGUCACUGUCCACUAUGGCUGUGCCUCCUUUAUCUAUCUGAGGCCCAAGACCAACUAUACCUCAAGUCAAGAUGCUCUGAUAUCUGUGUCCUAUACCAUUCUAACUCCAUUAUUCAAUCCUAUGAUUUACAGUUUGAGAAACAAAGAGUUCAAAACAGCUCUUUGGCGAGCAAUGGGCCAAAACUUAUGUCCUAAACUUGCAGGGACCACAUCUUUUCCUUAAUUCUCUUGAUAGUUCAGUCAUUGGAAGACAAGUUAUCAAAGAAAUCAAGUUGAAUUCAUUGUAUUGUCUCAAUAGGCAAUUAUUAACUGAAUGAAGAUACUUUGAGCAAUGAAUCCUCUUUAAAUGUGAGGAUGAAAUAAAUUUAGAAAUGAAUUUUGUUCUUUAGAUGAAAAUAAAAUGAA